AUGAAAUUCGCUAGAUACCUUGAAGAGACACAGGUAAAACGACCAUCUACCUUCUCCGGAGCUUGCUGUGUUUUUACGCCUAUCUACAGCGAUUACCGAGGCCUGAAGAAACGGAUAAGUGCUAUCAAGGCGGAGCGUGAUGCCAAAAAGACAACUCCAAAAUUCUACGAUAGCGUUAGAAGGACGCCAAAGGGUAAGCAACGGGCGGAUUCUACGUCUAUAGCAAGCCCUAUCGCCAACUCUACCGGUAUUCGGCAACGAAACGAGGCAGUCAAUAUCGAGUCUAAUAGGGCAGGAAAGAGUAAUAGUCUCCAAGAAUCAGGAGGCUUGAGUAAUAAGAAUACAUCGGGUAGGAUUGGAGCCUCCGUCGAAGGUGUCUAUGGUACCUUCGGGCAUACACCGUCGAUCAAUGAGCAACUCAAUCUGCAAGAUGGCCCUCCUGAUCUUACUUUACCUCCACCAAUAAAAUCCAUCAGUGAUGCUCAUAUUAAUGAAGUCUUGCAAGGCGGCUCCUCUCGCAAUCGACCAAGGGCGAUGACUGUCGAUACUCUUAAUCCAGGACAUUCAGCGGUUUCCCCUACAUUUGACGGCCGGUCAUCCCUACAACCAGGAAGUUCUCCAAAAACACCCCGCCGCCCUAGGCUCUUGGCGUCUUUGACGGGUCUUAGACAACGAGCCAACUCAACAAGCACCUCCAAAGCACUUGCUACUAUGACACCAUUAGAAUGCCAAUUCUUCGAAGGACUGGAUAAAGAGUUACGAAAAGUUGUCGACUUUUAUCGAGAGAGGGAAAAAGAGGCUCUCAUCCGGGUUUCUGUCAUCAAGGAACAGCUUAACGAUUUGAGGGACCACCGCAAGAUUUUCCAUGAUCAUGAAGAACAACAAGUGAUGCCUAUCCUUCCUAAAAUGAUUGGUAAACUCGCUAUCCAUUUAUCUCCUCCAAUGCCAUGGAAACAACCUAUUGCCGUCAAUAAUGAAGAGAACCUUGCUCCAUCAACCAGUAAAGGCAAUGGCGAGCGCUCAUCAUCCCAACCUCCUAGAUAUGAUCCUGAAGACUAUCAAGAAGCAAAGAAGAAGUUGAAAAAGGCGGUACUGGAGUUCUAUAGGCAAGAUCAUCCUCGCUAUUUGCAUAUCAAUACUAACAAUAUGAUCCUGAAUUUGACUGGCUUUCGCAAAGCACUAAAGAAAUUUGAUAAGGUCGCUCAGGUAUGCAUUUUGUCCGUUUCCUAUAUGAUUCUAUUCUCAUUUAUCGAUCCAGGCCCAGACGUCCCAACUAUUGAACCGUCAAUCCUGUCAAAUCCGACUACUAUAGAUAGGAUGCUAGAGGAGAUUGAGAAUAUAUAUGCAGCGAGAUUCGGCGAAACAAAAGAGGGUGGAGAUCGCAAGAAGGCCCGUACACGGCUUAAGGCCACUUUCAGAGAACAUAGUCACCAUUAUAGCACCUUUAGAACGGGAAUUUUUAUCGGCUUGUCCAUUCCAGCCCUCAUUUCAGGAAUAUACGAGUUUCCAGAGUGGUCAUCUUUACUACAAAUAUACCUUGCAUUCUUCAUUCCGGUCGUCUUUGGGUUGCUUGCGUCCUUGAAUAUCAUAGUCUGGGCUCACAUGGCCAAGCUCAUCCAAGCUCCAGAGUUGGAUGUUCGUACCGUCGUCGAUAGCCGAGAGUAUGCAGAGGCAAGGGCUCCAUAUUUGUUGUGUCGUG